AUGCUUGAGGAAACUACCAGUAUUUUGGUAAAGGGCGGCCAUGAUGGGAGCAAGGCCCCGUCCAGAUCACGAUCGGAACAGAUUACGAAGACGGCUGAUAUAUUGGGAGUGGAAGAAGGUGAAACAAUAUCAGCGGACGAUGAGUUGUUAGCAACCUUGGGAUAUCGAGCCGAAUUGAAACGUGAAUUUUCCUAUGUCACUGUCUUCGGACAAAGCUUUGGAGCUAUGGGAAUUGCUCCAGCCAUUGCUGAAAGUAUGGUUUUCAGUUUGGGCAGUGCUGGGAGUGUGGGUAUGGUAUGGACUUAUUUGGUUGGGUGUUUGUUGCUCAUCCCAGUAGCUUUGAGCCUGGGGGAACUCGGCAGCAGCAUGCCCACUUCUGGAGGAUUGUACUAUUGGGUUGCACGUCUUACUCCACCACGGCAGAGAGCUUUCAUGUGUUGGCUUGCCGGUUACAUGAAUGUCUUGGGGUAUAUCUCCAUAUACGCAUCGACGAUAUAUGCGGCGACGCUCAUUCUAGGUGCAAUCUGUUGUAUCAGCACAGAUUCCGUCUUUGUGGCUACGAAGUAUCAAAACUACGGCAUGUUCGCAGCAACUACCUUCUUGACCUUCGGAAUGACUUGCGUGCCCUCACAAACCCUCUCUCGUCUCAAUAUGUUCUACAUCUUCUUGCAAUUUGCCAUGCUAUUCGCUCUAAUUAUUGCCCUCGCUGCUGGAACACCCUCGGGAUUCAAAAACUCCGCAGCUUUUGUUUUCACUGACUUUCAAAAUACCGGAUUCUGGACAAACAACGGUUGGGCAUUCAUGCUCUCAUUCCUUACACCAGUAUGGGUCGUAUCUGGUUUUGAAAGUGCAGCAACUAUAGCGGAAGAGGCGAGUAAUGCAGCAAAAGCAGUGCCAUUCGCGAUGAUCUCUUCGCUGGUCACAGCGGCUGUAACUGGAUGGGCCGUUAUCAUCACUAUUGCAUUUUGUAUGGGGACAGAUGUGAUAAGUAUCGUGACGUCACCUUUGGGUCAACCAUUGGCACAGAUUGCAUUCAAUAGUCUGGGCAAAAAUGGAAGUGUCGCCUUGUUGGUCUUCUUGUGGAUUGCAAGUGUAGCCAACUGUUCGAUUCUCAUGGUCGCAGCUUCAAGGGAGUCUUUUGCUUUUGCUAGAGACCACGGCCUCCCAUUCUCCUCCUAUCUCCGUGUCCUAUCCUCCAACAAAACCCCCGUCCGCGCCAUCUCCUUCGUCGUGCUCUGCACCCUUGCCGAAGGCCUCCUCAUGCUCAUCAACACCAUCGCCAUAAACAGCAUUUUCAACCUCGCCAUCAUGGGCCUCUACUUCGCCUACUGCAUGCCCCUCAUCUCGCGUCUCCUUUUCCACAAUUUCACCCCCGGCGUUUGGUACAUGGGCGACACGAUCAGUUAUCUCAGCGCCAUAUAUUCGGUGGCGUGGAUGACGUUUAUUUUUAUCUUGCUUCUUUUCCCAUCGUAUAAAAAUCCGGAUGCACAGGAAAUGAAUUAUGCGGUGGUGGUGUUGGGGUGCGUGUUGCUGUUCUGUGUGGUGUAUUAUUGGGUGCCGGGGUUUGGGGGGAGGACCUUUUUUAAGGGCCCGGUUAGGACGAUUGAUGAGGUUUUGGGGGAGAAUGGGCGCGGUGUGGUUGCAGAAAGAGGAGUUGGAGAAGAUAGGAAUGGGAAAGGGAGUGAGAAAGCAAGGGAAGAUUGA